CUAAGGAUUAUGUCAAUGAAAAAAUAAUUUACUGGUGGUAAAACAACCAGAUCAAAUAGUAAAUAAUCUGUGAGUAAUCCAAUUUCGGUGAGAAAACGAUUUUCUUCAUUGUGUUCACCGUAAUUGAUAUGAUUUUAUAUGUUGAAUAGGUCCGACAACUAGAAGUAAACUGCUUGCGUGUUUUGUCAAAAGUUCAAAAACUGUAAAGAAGAAUCGUAUGCUCCACUUUUAAAUAAAGCAUUAUUUGCAAAAUAUUCAUCCUCCUAAAACUAUUAUUAUUCAAAGGAUAUCAAUGAUAUUAUAGAAGAAGAGUCAACUCCUGCAGUAGUAUUUUAUAGAGAUUUAGAAAGUAUGAUAGAAGAAGAGGAAUAUUUGAAAAGGUAAGAAUGAUACUAUAUUUUGUAGAUCAUAUGUAAAAAAAGAAGCAAUAUAAAAAGUGAAAGCCUUAUAAGAAUAUUAUAAGUAUCACAAGGAUAUCCCGCGAUUAUUUAUGCAAAAUGUUUACUUAACCAUAAAUAAGUUCCAUGAAAAAAAGAGAAGAUUGGAAUAUGCAAAUAUAAAAAGGAAGUUGAAUAUUCCAGAUGAGGAUGUAGUAAGUCAAUCACUAAAUCUAGUAACCAUCCAAAAAGAAGGAGAAGAAAAAACAAAAACAUAGUGAUGAAGAUCUGACAAUUGGAUAAUUGAAAUAUUUGUUGAAAGAUUUAAAAUUGGACACUAAUUCAUAUCUUCAAAAAAAAGUAGAUGUUUCUAAUAGUGUUUAACUAAGAGAAUUUAUUUAGUAAGUUGGAUAGAAGUAUGAUUGUCUCGGAUAAAUAUCAGGUUUAUUAACAAUUGAUUAGAGCAAUAGUUUUCUCUUAAGAUCAUAAGACCUUUCAACUAUUACUAAAAAUUUAAAAUCUAAUUAUAUGACUAAUAUUAAUCCUAAAAUUAAUAAAAGUUCUUAAUUAUAGAAUAUUGAUUCAAAAACAACUCAUCAAAUUAGUUAUUAAGGAAGUUUUGAUAAAAUUAACAUAAAUCGAUUACAAUUUAACUAAGGUGAAAUAUCUUCUUUAAAGGCAGAAAAUUCUGUGAAGGUUGGAGAGUAAACAAAAAGAUCAAAUUAAGAGAAAUCUCCAUAGAGAUGUUCUUAAUAAUCAUAAUUGAUGUAAAAAGUAUACUCGCAAAUUGAAGGAUUUGCCAACUUUGUACAAUAAUAGUAAACUAUGCAGAUGCAAUAAUAAAAAGUUAACAAUGCUUAAAAAUCUAAUUCUUAACGUAAAGUUAGUGCAAACUUUAAUACAACAGAAUGUUAAUUAAGAUUACCAAGUAGAUAAAAUACAACAUAAAAGUAAUCAGCUGAUUUGUUAUCUUAUUAAGUUAAUUUCUUGUAAUUAUUAUUGAUAAUCCAUUAAUAGAAGAACCAGAGUAGCCUCAUAACUAUAAAAAUAUGAAGAUGAUAAUAAAAGUAUUUUUAAUAUCUAUAUAAAAAUAGGUAAAUAAGCUUUGGCAACUGAUAGAGUCUAAAGAUAGAGUGUAUACAACACAGGUGAUUAUAAUGUAUAGAAAACAGGAUCUAAAAAUGCGUAAUUUAUGUUUAUUUAUAAAUCUAGAUAAAAGUUACCUCAAAAGUUCACUUAGUAUGCUCUGUCUACAUUGAGAGGAUUAUAGGUGAAGAAUUCUGAUUAGAAGAAGAAAUCUACUUUGAUAUAAAACAAUAUUUUAUCGGCUCCCAUUCUAAAUGCAUAGUUAAUGCAUUACAGAACUAAAUCUCAAGAUAAUUUAGGAAUCCAUAAAGGGUCACCUCCAAAAUAAAGUUAAAAGCAUGAAAAUUAAAAGGAUCCAUUUAGAAUAACGAAUAAUAUUUGUGUUUAAGGUUCAACUAAAAAGGGAGGUGGUGUAUACAAUAUCAACUAAAACAAUAUAGUUAAUAUUUAUAUAGAGGAUCUGAAAUCAUCAGCUAAAUUGAAAUAAGGAGGUUCACAAACUGCUCGAAUGAAUAGUCCGUUAAAAGGUAAUCCUAAAGGAGUGUUCGAAGCUUACAAUACCCAGAGGACAAAUUUAAGUCCUAUGAGUAAGAAAAUGCCUUGA